CAGAGCCCGAGCCUUUGCCCGCCCCCGACGCUGCUCCUCCUGGGGGGCUCGAUCCCGACACUCCAGGGCCCCCCAGCCCCCCAUUUCGGUCCAGCUAUGUCUCCCCAGGGGUGUCUGAGCGUCACCAAAUAUUUCCUCUUCCUCUUCAACCUCCUCUUCUUUAUCCUGGGCGCCAUCAUCCUCGGCUUCGGCCUCUGGAUCCUAAUCGACCAGCAAAGCUUCGCCGCUGUCCUGGGUUCCUCCCUGUUCGCCCUGAAGGUCUGGUCCUACAUCCUGUCCGGAGUUGGUAUCAUCACCAUGCUGCUGGGUUUCCUCGGAUGCCUGGGUUCCCUCAAGGAGAUCAAGUGUAUGCUGGGAUUUUAUUUCGGUUUCCUCUUUCUCCUCUUCGCCGCGCAGAUCACCAUUGGGGUCCUGCUGUACACGCAGCGUGUCACGCUCAGUGGCAAGGUGGGGGUGUUCGUGGAAGACGCCAUCCGGACCUAUCCGCUGGCAGGACCCCCCAGCGAGAAGCACCAGAGCUGGGACUUCAUUCAGGGGCAGGUGAGAGCCCUGGGACCCGGCCCAGCCCCCCUGCAACCGGCCCCGCCCCCCUGCAACCGGCCCCGAGUUCUGCCCUGCUCCUGGCAGUGACGCCUGGCUCCCGAGCCAAGCCCCGGCGUCGCUGGGCUCCCCCCAGGAGGGGCCGCGGCCCUUUUCCCCAGCGGGACGCCCCAUUGACCGGCCUCCCCUGGUCCCUCCUCCCGGAGCCGUUAGCCGGGCCCUCAACCGGAUCCAUUUCUCGUCCCUCCCGGCCCUAGCCUGGGACCGACCCGGCUACGAGACACCAGCCUCCGGCCAGACCACGCUAGCAGGGCGGCCCCCAGGGACCCACACGCCGAGGGGCAGGCCCCUGGCCUCCCAGAUGGGGCUGUUGGCACCAGAGACCCUGUCUCGUGGCCGGCGGCCCGGCCAGACCCCGCAGGCUGGUACCGGGGUGUUACCAGAUUUGCCCUUAACUUUUGGGUGCGCUCAUUGAUUAGGGUUACUCUUCGGGGGAGGGGGUUGUCUGUACUUCUCUCAAUGUGCUGCUUGUGUCACGUGUGUUUUCAUAUGGAGCUGUACUUCUCCCUGCUGCAAGUCCCCUCCCAAUGGUGCGACGCUGCAGGACCUCGGUUCCACAGGGCUGGGUUCCUCCAGCCCCAGAACUGGGGACACACAGAGACACACACACACAGAGACACACACACAUUAACAGAGCAGGUCUGAGCAGACCGGGACAAUCAGCCCUUUCAAGCUGACCCCUUAUCUGCCCCUGGGCCGAGCAGCACUGCCAAGCUGCCCCCCUCGUCUGUCCCAGGUUCACACGUCCCUGUCCCCGCGCUCCCAUCACAGUGGGACUGGCUGAGCAAACCCCACAGGAUUUGGGGCGCUGCCGGGAUCUUUAGCUUAGGUAAGAGGAGCGUCACUGCAGAGCAAAUGGGGGAAGCUAAAGCCACCAAAGAGUAAAGUUCAGAGAGAGAGAGAGGCAACCAGCUUCACCAUACAAGUUAUUUGCUAGUUCUAAUACUAGUGCUACCCACACAAGGAGGCUAAGUCAACGUAACAGUCACACUAUUAAAGGUUACAAAAGUCAGCUAUAGAAAACUCUCCCCGAUCGAACAAGUCAGGGUUAGAAAGUCGUCCCUGAGGUAGAAAAGAAAACGGAGGGAGGGCGGGAGGAUCUCACCGCUCCCUGAGGCUUGAACUGGUCGCGGUUCCCAGGGGAUGGUGGGAGCUCAGGGGCCUGAGAGCUGGAGCCGGGCAGAGCCCCCAGCACGACCAGGCAGGAGAAGAUGGAGUCCCGGGGGAACGGAUGCGGGGUUCGGGUCCAGGCAUCGGAACACACUGGAACCCAGGUCGGGGUUUUUGUCGAGAAACCGCAAUGGUGGAAGGGAGAACACUAGAUUGGUUUAUGGGUAAACCGAUGACUCCAGGGUUUUCUUUAGGCUAUGGGUGGUGUUAACCCUUUCUCCCCCGCAGGGUGGCAAUGCACCGCAUGGGGGGAAACUGAGGCUGCACAAAAUCAUUACCAACAAUUCCCGCUUCGCCACUGACACAGGCCUGCUUAAAUCUGGCCCCUGCGGCCACCUUGCGCUGUGGGGAGAGACCCCACAGGCCGCCCCUUGGUGCCCAGCUAUGUAGACAUCAGGCCCCGGGGACCCGGGAAACCAGGGUGGAUUUGAUUUAAAUCUCGAUUUAAUCACGGUUUUCUACAUAAAAGUGCAUUCUUGUUGGCUGUUAUAACCUUAAUACGUAUCCUUCACAACUCCGAGAUAGAUGUGGGUUUCAUUUUUAGAAGGUGCACGCUAUACAUUUUUAAACAGUGAUUAAUUUUGAAAACUUUUCAGAUGAGUUUUACAGCUGUAUCAGAAAAUGAAUGAGUGUUCGGUUAUUUCAUUUACCAAAGGUAAUUGAAUCAGAUAUUUGUGAAGUCAUUGGGAGGUGAAGUAUCUCCAAUUCAACAGGUUAAUCAUUAAUAUUUGGAGGAUUUUCUUGCCAGGCUGUAUUAGGAGGAGAACAUCACCAGACAGACAUUUCAGUUGUUUUAUGUAACUAAAACAACAACAUUAAGUGUUCUAGAUUUUUUUUUUCUUCAACAGCAAACAUAUAAUAUUUGACCAAAACAAGCAUAUGUCCCUUGC